AUGGACUAUGGGCUAGGCGAUCACCUGUUAGUGAUGGGAUAUGUCAAAUUCGUCAAGUUUAUGAAGAUCUUCUACAUCUGCAACGGCAUGUUACCGACAUCAACAUGUCUCAUCAAGAUUGCCAUCUUGCUUCAGUACCUGCGUACUUUUGAGCGCGGAUCAAAAUCACGCAUCUUGACCAUCGUUAUGAUAUGCAUCACGUCAAUGUGGGGGGCCGCCUUCAUCUUCCUCGCUUGGGUACCCUGUAUCCCCAUCGCAGCCUACUGGGAUUGGUCAUUGCCCUACCGCGGACGAUGGGGUUUCGGGACGCUGGUCGCAGAGGAGCUCAUCCGAGUCUACGAGGCCCACGCCACGAGCAACAUGAUUAUCGACUUCAUCAUCUUCGCCAUCCCCUUGCCGCUGUAUUUCAACACGGAGGUAAACAAUAAGUCCCGCAAAGGCGUUCUCGGUCUCUUCCUGCUGGGAAGCGUCGUCUUGAUGCUCGCCACCUGGCGUCUCGUAGCCCUAGUCCGCUCCCGCGCCGGGACCUACCCGACCCUCGACCCGACGUGGUACGCGCCGGGACCCGUAGCCCUCUCCAUUCUCGAAAUCGACAUGGCCGCCAUCUGUGCCUCCCUCCCCGUCUUCUGGCCCGUGCUGCAAAAUAGCAUGGGCAUGAUCUUUGUCACGCACGAGGUCAAGGUGACGACCGAGACGAUCGAGAGGACGAGGAGCCGCGACGACGACGACGACUGCCUCGAGUUGUCGGGCGCCGGCAGCGCCUCCGUCUCCUUUGCUCAGCAGUCACCCGUGUUGGACACGACGGGGCUGAUUGAGCAGCAGCCGGACGCUUUUGGGAAUUAUAUGAAGGGCAAGCCGACCAUGGACGUGGACACGGCUCAUUCCACCACCGAGACUGAGAUUUUUGGGAGUUAUUUGAAGGGGAAGACGACGACUGAUGUGAAUGCGGAGCCGGGGAAAAUGGUAUGA